AACAGAGAGAGAGAGAGAGAGAGAUGCGAGUGAAACACCCAAGAAAAAUCUAAACUGACCUACAGCAACUGCUGACGUAAUAUACGUAUAUCCAGCGUAAAGUUAAAUUGAAAAAUGCAACUUGUACCUUCUUCUUCGCUCACCUCUCGAUGUCUAAGAUCACGCUUGUGUUAAUAACGUAGCGUGUCUUCCACUGUCUUCGAUGAUUUUUAAAAAAAGAAUCUCGACCGACGAGUGGGAGAGACGGGAGAUGGAGGAGAGAUGGGGGAGAGCGUAAAAUUCGCUGAAUGCUGGUCGCGGUUCAUAAACACUUCUACGAACAGCUACGUAAUCGAAAAAGAGACGCCGUGGUGACCCCAGAAUGUUAUCAGAAGAGAUGUAAUCCUGCGCGCCGGGAAAAUAAGAAACCAGUAAUCCAUUGGUGCUCGCGGAUUCAACAUGUACAAAACAUUGUUCGUCUGUUCGUUGAUUUGGGCGUAUUUGCUGGUGCCGGACACCUUGGCGAUCGAUGGUGUCAAGGGCCGUCGCGUUCACCACGAUCGAUCGAACCUCGCCUUGAACAGCACCGUGCAGGCUGGACUCUGCUACAAGAGGAUACGAAAGGCGGAUGGAUCACGAUUUUGGAUUGCUGCGACGGCUACGAGCGUAAUCUCAAUUCCAAUGGCUGCGAUCCUCGCUGCGACGAGGGAUGCUUGGGUGGAAAUUGCACGGGGCCAAAUGUAUGCACCUGUUCGCCAGGCUGGGUGCCUCAGAAGGGCAUCUGUAUGCCAUACUGCGAGCAACCGUGCCAAAAGGACGCUUAUUGCUUCUCGCCGAACGUGUGCACUUGUAAACUAGGUUACGAAGAAGAAAACGGCGAGUGUAAACCAAUCUGCCCCGGUGGCUGUAAGAACGGCGAGUGCGUGGCACCUCGGACAUGCAGAUGCAGGCCAGGAUACGUGAUUCAACCUUCGCCGGAUAGCUCUACCGGCAUCGAGCCGAAAGAGUGCGUGCCCGUGUGCGAAAAUGGCUGUCGCAACGGCGAAUGCACUGCUCCCGGAGUGUGCACUUGUCACGAAGGGUUUGUUAAUCCGUCGGGUGACAGCGAGUCCUGCGUGCCUAGCUGCCCAUCCGGUUGCUCGAACGGCGAAUGCGUGGCACCUGGAGUCUGCAAGUGCAGACCAGGCUUCAUCCUCGACGCGAACAGGUGCAUCCCGGAGUGUCCUCAAGGCUGCACCAACGGAGAAUGCAUCGCGCCCAAUACCUGUAAAUGCCAACCAGGCUUCACCCUCGACUCCGCGAGCAAAUGUGUCCCGGAGUGUCCCCUAGGUUGCCUCAACGGCGAAUGCGUGGCACCCGGAGUCUGCGACUGCAAUCGGGGCUACGUUCCAGGUGACAACGACGCGUGCGUCCCGGAUUGUCCACAAGACUGCGCCAACGGGGUAUGCGUCGCUCCAGGGGUUUGCAAUUGCAACACUGGCUACACCCGCGACUCCAAUGGUAGAUGCGUCAACAUGCUGCAACCCGAGUCGAAGCUCACCGACUGUCAAGUCGAUUGCGGUCCAAACGCCCGAUGCGUCGGUAUCAACAAAUGCACGUGCAAUCUGGGCUUCCGCCUGGACCCAGACACCAGAAGAUGCGUCCCGUUCUCCAAUUCAUUCGAGUGCAGAAACGGUUGCGGCGCGAACGGCCUCUGCGUCGGCCCUGACAUGUGCAUCUGCAACUACGGAAUGGCUGUCGAUCCUGUCACUGGAAGCUGCCCCGAGUCUAAUCGACAAUCGAAUCAGCAAACCGGUCAACAGUCACAGUGCCAGCCAGACUGUGGACCAAACGGCAGCUGCGUAAGCCCGAAUCGUUGCCUCUGCAACUAUGGUUUCGCGAUCGAUCCCGAUACCGGCAGAUGCAUCCCUCAAAGGGGAACUCAAAUAGGGGAGCCUCUUUGCGAGCUGCCGUGUCUCAACGGAGACUGCACCGGCCUGAAUCAGUGCACGUGCAAACGUGGCUACACUAUAAGCCCCUCCGACGUGACUCGAACUAAAUGCGUGCCGGUAUGCAUAGGCGGAUGCCAUAACGGCGUCUGCACGGCGCCAAACCUCUGCAUCUGCAAUCCUGGUUACAGGAAAGAGCCUGGCGUCAAGGGCAGACAGCAGAGAUGCAUUCCAACCGCUCCGAGACAGAUCCCAAACAUGACACCUUUUUACAUUGUAUUUUUCGUUGUUUUCCCUCAACUAAUCGGAAUCGUGCCAACAAUGCUGGCCUCCACCUACGGGGAUUGCAACAAACUAGUCAGUAUUACACCGCCUAUCGCAACGAACGAGAAUGCUGUUCUUCUUAUGAAAUGAAGAACGACACUUGCGUGCCUGUCUGCAUACCUGAAUGCGAGGAUGCCUAUUGCGUGGAGAACGUUUUUUAUGGAAGAGAUCACAUUUGUGACUGCUACGACGGCUACAGGCCAAUUAAUUAUUACGCUUGUGAACCUGUUUGUGACGAGUGCCAUAACGGAAAGUGCGUGAAACCGAACGUGUGCGAAUGCAACACGGGAUACAAAAUGAACGAAAACGGAAUCUGCAAACCUGUCUGCGACCAGGACUGCGAAGCGGAGCACGCACGUUGCACCGCCCCGAAUGAAUGCUCGUGCAUAGAAAAUUACGAGCCUACGGACGAUCGUAGUACGUGCAAGCCGAUCUGCCGUAUCACGUGCCAAAACUCAGAAUGCACCGAACCGGAUGUUUGCACUUGCCACGACGGCUACGAGCCAGAUCCGGAGGACACGUUCAAUUGCGUACCAAAGUGCGAGAAUGGUUGCUUAUUCGGCACUUGCACGGCACCGAAUGUCUGCACAUGCAAUCCAGGAUACCAAAUGACAGGAAAUAAUUGCGAGCCGAUCUGCAGCAAACCCUGCGAGAAUGGCUAUUGCGGAGCGCCGGAACGUUGCAUUUGUCACGAGGGCUAUGGAUUGUUCAGCGACUCCGUGUACGACUGCCAGCCAGUCUGCGAGAGAAUAUGCGUGAACGGGAUGUGCACGAGUCCUAAUUACUGUGAUUGUCACACCGGCUACGAAAAGAUAAACGACUACGAGUGUAAGCCAAUUUGCGAAAUUGCUUGUGAACCGUACGGAGAGUGCACCGCUCCUAACACCUGCACUUGCAUGGAGGGUUAUCAGUUCAACCAGAGCCACGCUGUACUUAUAGGAUUCUACUCUUACACAUCCGCCUGUAAACCUAUCUGCGAGCAGACUUGCGAGAACGGGUAUUGCAAUGUACCAGGGGAAUGUAGCUGUUAUCCAGGCUACUCUAAAUCAAAGACUCAUGACAAUGUCUGCGAGCCUAUCUGCAGCGAAGAGUGUGUGAACGCGUACUGCAAGGAUCCGGAUGUCUGCAAAUGUUACCCAGGUUAUAGUCCGGUGGCGAAAAAUCACUGUGAACUGUGUGUAAGACCUUGCGUAAAUGGUUUCUGUGUCGGUCCCAACGAAUGUGACUGCACAAACGGUUAUCAUGCAGAUCCAAAGGAUCCCUUUAACUGCGAACCGACCUGCGACGAAGAAUGUCUCUUUGGAACUUGUUCUGCGCCUAACGAGUGUUCUUGCAACGACGGAUAUCGGAAGAAAAACGAAACUGUGUGCCAGCCUAUUUGCCAUGAACCUUGUAUCAACGGAUACUGCAGUGCUCCUGGAGUAUGCAGCUGCAAUUCUGGCUACAAAUUGUCACACGUUGACUUUGGCACUGCUUGCGAACCAAUCUGUGACCAGUUGUGUGUCAAUGGAUUCUGCAGCGAGCCAAACAAGUGCGAAUGUCUGCCAGGAUAUCGACAAUUGGAGAACAACUCCACCGCUUGUGAACCGAUCUGCGAGCAAGGAUGUUCAAACGGACGUUGUACGAGUCCAAAUAGAUGCACCUGCGAGCAAGGCUAUCAAUCAUCGGAGAACAAUUCGAAUAUUUGCGAACCUGUUUGUAAUGAACCUUGCGUCAAUGGAUUCUGCAGCGAGCCGAACAAGUGCGAAUGUCUGACAGGAUAUCGACAAUUGGAGAACAACUUCACCGCUUGUGAACCGAUCUGCGAACAAGGAUGUUCAAACGGAUACUGUACGAGUCCAAAUAGAUGCACCUGCGAGCAAGGCUAUCAAUCAUCGGAGAACAAUUCGAAUAUUUGCGAACCUGUUUGUAAUGAACCUUGCGUCAAUGGAUUCUGCAGCGAGCCAAACAACUGUGAAUGUCUGGCAGGAUAUCGACAAUUGGAAAACAACUCCACCGCUUGUGAACCGAUCUGCGAGCAAGGAUGUUCAAACGGAUACUGUACGAGUCCAAAUAGAUGCACCUGCGAGCAAGGCUAUCAAUCAUCGGAGAACAAUUCGAAUAUUUGCGAACCUGUUUGUAAUGAACCUUGCAUCAAUGGAUUCUGCAGUGCACCGGAGACAUGCAGUUGCAACGAAGGUCACGCUCCAUCGAGGAACGAAUCGAACGUUUGCGAACCUGUAUGCACGAUACCGUGCGUUAAUGGAAGCUGCGUUGCACCAGACACCUGCAGAUGCAGGGAUGGUUACAAGUUGGUAAAUAACGAGAGGACGUUCGUCUGCGAACCUGUUUGCGAGUUUGACUGCGGGAACGGUACCUGCACGUCCCCGAACGAGUGUACCUGCCACGUGGGUUACGCGACGAUCGUUGAAAAUCAUUGUCAACCAUUCUGCGAAUCUUGCAACAACGGGACGUGCGUGGAACCUGAGGUCUGCGAAUGCAACGAAGGUUUCGUCUCAGUCGUGAAGGAGAAUCGAACCGUUUGCGAACCGCACUGCGAGAUUUGCUCCAAUGGAAUAUGCGUGGCGCCCGGCGACUGUCGAUGCAACGCUGGUUUCCUGAAAGAGGAUAACGAUAAUUCGAGCGACUGCGUGAACGCGUGUAAGGAUAAUUGCAACGAUCGUGGGACCUGCGACGUCGAGAACAAAACUUGCCACUGUUUCUACGGAUGGGACGGGACGCACUGCGAGAAACAGCAAUUCUGCAUCGUGACGAUGAACUACACGGACGAACAUCUGAACGCAUCGAACAUCGAAUACGAGGUGAACGAUACGAUUGGUUACCUGUUUGCCAAUAGCUCACCGUGCUACCGCAACUAUUUAGACGAGAUCAGCAACGAGACCUUGUGUUUUGGGAAGUAUGGAAUGAACGAUGUAGGUAAUGACACGAUCGCCUGUCUAAUCGGCAGAGAUACCAAUUAUUAUCGAGCAUAUUCAGAACGCAGAAAAGGCCCGAAUUAUGCAACAAUAAGCGGAAUCGUGUGUGGUAAAGUGAUUAUAGUCAUUAUCGGCAUCGUGAUCUAUCUGAUACGGAAGUGCAGGAAGAGGAGCUUUUCUCUCGGUAACAACGCGGAAACAACGUCGACUCAAGGACAAUCCACUCUGUUAUCCGAAGAAGACAAUAACCUUUAAUUGCAGGAUGAAAUUUUGUUAAAUAAUUAGAUAAUGUUCUUUUUUUUAAAUAAAAUUUUAAUCGUCAUAUAUUCGACCAAACUAGCAAUAAGUUUCACGCGACUUCUUCGAGAGAGACUCAUUUAUUUCAUUAGAUCUGGAUUUAGGUUCAAAUGAAAUUUAGAAUCAUUAGAAUUUAGAAUUUCAUUAGGUCUAGAUUUAGAUUUAGAAGAAUCAUCAGAUCUGGAAUUCAGAAUUUUUUAGACUUUGGAGACAUUGGAGAUUUUACAUUUUCGUUUGCUUGUAACAAUCACUGUUAAAAGAAUUUACACAUCUCUUUUCUUUUUUUUAAUAAGAUGAUUAACCUUUUCUGAAUUCUAAACUCAUGUUUCUUCCAAACCACUCUUUUCCAAAUCUGAGCUCACAUAAAAAAAAAAAAAAAAAA